UUGGCUGGCUCCACUCUAAGGGCUAUUAUUGGAUUGCAGAGGUGAUUUUCAAUGAGGGGGAAAGAAGGUGCCUCUGAGGUCCUGGCCUCGGCUAAGAGGAAGGUUUUUGGGGUGUGGACUCAAGACCAGGAUCCCUUGGACUCCUUCACCAGCCUGAGAAUGAAGUGCCUGUGCUUUGGGCACAGAAGGUCUUCAAAAAUGAAACUGGUCCUGAUACCAGGAGGGAUACAGACCUGAGAGCAACAUGAAGAAGGCUAGAUCACCCCUAUUGGAGGAGGGGCCCAGCCGCCGCCUGCAAGGUAGGCAGACCACGCAUCCCAGAGAAGGGGCCCAGCAGCCCGCUGGCGUGGUAGACAGAUCACCCCAAUUGGAGGAAGGGCCCAACCGCUGCCCGCGCCUGCACGGUAGGCAGACCUGCGACCUGGAGAACAGGCCCAGCGGCCCGCCGGCGUGGUAGACAGAUCACCCCAAUUGGAGGAGGGGCCCAGCUGCCACCUGCACCUGCACGGUAGGCAGACCAUGCGCCCAGAGGAGGGGCCCAGCAGCUCACCAGUGCGGUAGACAGACCACCCCAGCUUGAGGAGGAGCCCAGGCUCUCACACUGACUACAACCACCAUCCUGAACCCUGAGACUCAAGCUAGGAAUAGACAACGCCACCAACUGGAAGAAAUGAAAACAGAGUUCUGAGAGACUUUUUUUUUCUUUUUUUCUUUCUUUUUCUCUCUUCUCUCUCUCUUUUCAGCCAUUCACCCAGUCUCCUCUACCCUUCCCCCUUGGGUCUUCGCAACCUCAACAUAUGUGAAACCAAAAAUUGUGCACGAAAAAGGACUUUAACAACUGAAUCACCAGAAUAAUAUAAUAUAGAGGAAUUGCAUAUGCCCCACCUCCCUUCCCUCUUUUUAUUUCUUUUCUUUUUUCUCAUAUAUUCUUUUUCCCGCUCUCUUUUUUCUCUUCCCUUCCUUGUUAUUUGUUUUCCUCCCUCUUACUCCCUCUAUCCCACUUGCAACCCCCGAAAUUUUACUAUUCAUAAGUAGGGUAAUCUUAUAAAUACAGAUAGGAAUUUGAAUCUAUACAUUCUUCCAUAAAUUACCCAUCUAUUGGUUAGAGCUCUCCAAAGUUACUAAGUUAGAUUAACCCCAUACCCUCACUCCUUUCCCCAUAAACAUAACAUCCUACACCUGAAAUUCAGUUUUCUUCAAGCUACCAGAAACAGUAUGCCUUUCAUGAAACUAAUGACUAUAUUUGUAAACGAUAAUUGAAACCAACACUGGUAGACAUAGAGUCUAGCUAUGUGGUGAGCCGCUUCUGCCGUUUCUGCAGACUAUGGUCGCCAUUACAAGAUGGCGCUGGCUCCGCUGUGGUCUGUGACAAACAACUCCUUAUUUGGGAGAGUUGGCGCAUGGUUUUUCACCACCCUAUGAGAAAGCUCCACGUGGCAGCUUCGCAUUGGGGCUUGAGAUGCUUUAUUAAGGCUGGGAGGGGCAUCCGAGGGAGGGAAGAAGAAAUAUCAAGGGCCUGAAUAAACUGCUGAAAGAAGAUUCCUGAGUUGCGUCUUCCUUGCGGGCAAGGGGUCACGACAAGUGGUGCCGAAACCCGGGAACCAGAACUUUCAGCAGUCAGGGGUGGUGCACCGGUUAGUCCCAGGUAAGUGGGAUCCGCGACCAAAGCGGGGUUAGUCCCAAUAAGUGGGAUCCGCGAUCAAAGCGGGGUUAGUCCCAGGUAAGUGGGAUCCGCGACCAAAGUGGGGCAGCUCCUCUGUAAAGAAAGAGAGAGCAUUACAUUUUAUUGCAGCUGCACUGUGUACUUUCGCUUUUGUUUUCUGUGUUUCUUUUGUUGUGUCAUUUCGCUUUUGUUUUUUGUGCUUCUUUUGUUGUUGUGUCAUGGGUGCCGCAUCUUCAAGUCCGCUUCUCCUGGCCCUAGAUGGCCUGUUACGUUCCAAGGGCCUGGAAGUGAAACAUAGUACUUUACAGAGAUUUUUACAGAAGAUAGAUAUCGCUGCACCGUGGUUUGCAUUUUCGGGCAGCCUUACUGUACCUAGUUGGGAUAAAUUAGGCAAAGAUCUUGACUUUGCUUCUGAGCAGGGCAUAUUAGAGGGUGGGGUGAUACCCCUUUGGAAAAUGGUCCGUAGUUGCCUUACAGAUGGCAGAUGUCAGGAAGCACUUACUAAAGGACAGGCAGUUCUAGAGCAAUUACAUGAAGAGAAAUCGGAGACAGCAGGAAGUGAGGUGCCUCAGGAGGAUGGGAGUGUGCGGAGUGUGAAACAGGGGAGGAGACGAUUGUAUCCAGAUCUCAGUACGCUGCGCACACCCCCAUGUGAAAGUGGGUCAGAGGAAGAGGAGGAUGAGGAGGAAGAGCUCGGGAGGCUGUCUCGUCAGCUAGAGAGUUUAGCUAUAGGAGAAGGGAACAGAAAUAAACAGGGGCUCAAGAAAAGCGAUCCCCCAGAUCCACUGCCGUAUGGUGGGGGUGUUUCGGGGAGAGCUUUCCAUGCCCAAACAUGGAGGGCUGUUAACGCUGAGAUGGGUCUUGCUUAUCCAGUUUUUCAGGAUGACAAUAUGGGAAGAUUCCAUGAACCCUUAGAUUUUAAAAUUGUGAAGACCCUGGUGGAGUCUGUGCGCACUUAUGGGGUGGAUGCCGCCUUCACACUAACUCAGGUGGAGAGUCUGUCUAGAUACUGCAUGACUCCCUCUGAUUGGGCUAGCCUUGUUCGGGCUUGUGUUUCCCCGGGUAAAUAUUUGGACUGGAGAGCAUUUGUGCUAGAGGGCGCAAUAGAGCAGGCCGCCCAAAACCAUGCGGCGGGACACCCCCAUUGGGACAAGGAUAUGCUUUUGGGGCAGGUAGAUUUGCAAAUCAACAGACAGGAUUUCCUCUUGAGGCAUAUAAUCAAAUUAACAACAUUUGCAUUCGGGCAUGGAAGUCGCUUCCAAAUAGAGGAGAGGUGUCUGGUAAUUUGACCAAGAUUCUACAAGGCCCUACAGAACCCUUUUCAGAUUUUGUAGCAAGGAUGGUGGAUGCCGCUGGAAAAAUUUUUGGGGAUCCUGAUAGAGCCAUGCCCCUUAUUAAGCAAUUGGUCUUUGAGCAAUGCACCAAGGAAUGUAAAGCGGCAAUCACUCCUUAUAAAAAUAAGGGCAUAGAAGCAUGGAUGAAAGUGUGUAGAGAGAUUGGAGGACCUUUAACUAACGCAGGUCUUGCAGCUGCUGUCCUUCGGAUUGCAAAAGGGGGCAGUCCUGGUGCCGGAACAUGCUUCCAUUGUGGUCAACCCGGUCAUUUCAGACGUGAAUGUCCCAAAAAAGACAAUUUUACUGGACCUCCUCACGGUGGCCCUUCCAAUGGCCUUCAUCAACCGGGGCUGUGUCCAAAAUGUAAAAAGGGGAAGCAUUGGGCAAAAGAGUGUAGAUCAGUGAGGGACAUCCAUGGACAGCCUAUUUCAGCUGGGCCAAAAAACGGCCGAAGGGGCCCCCGACCCCAGGGCCCACAAAUAUAUGGGGCAGUGGAGAAUGUCACACCCGAACCCGAGACAUGGCCAUCUCUACGCCAUCCCAUGAGACGCGGAGAGCCACUACAGGUGCCGCGGGAUUGGACCUCUGUUCCACCUCCAGACUCGUAUUAACACCUAAGAUGGGAGUCCAAUUGGUGGAAACUGAGUUCAAAGGGCCUUUACCACCUGGCACUGUAGGUUUGCUAAUUGGACGUGCAUCCUCUAUCUUACAAGGUCUUCAUGUCUUUCCCGGAGACAUUAGCCCUGAUACUGUAGGGACAAUAAAGGUUAUGGUGGAGGCUCCAAGGGGCAUUGUGUCUAUCUCCCCAGGGGAUCGGAUUGCUCAAUUACUAAUUUUGCCUAUCUUACAUAAUCACUUCCCUGCUGACUCAAGGUCACGGACAGGAAGUGAGAUUGGUACCACCGGAGGGAAUUGUGCCUAUUUGUCACUAGAUAUGAGCAAUCGCCCCACUUUGGAAUUAAGCAUAGAAGGUAAAUCUAUUGUGGGAUUGCUGGAUACAGGAGCAGACCGUAGUAUCAUAGCCCUUAAGGACUGGUCUAAGGGAUGGCCAGUGCAGACUUCUGAUCAAUCCCUGAGAGGACUUGGAUAUGCCCAAGCCCCUCAAAUCAGCUGUAGACAUCUAUCUUGGAAGGACCCGGAAGGACACAAUGGCACCUUUCAGCCUUAUGUACUUGAUUUACCUAUCUCUUUAUGGGGCCGUGAUCUGAUGAAAGACAUGGGGUUCACUCUUAGCAAUGACUAUUCCCCAGUGUCUCAACAAAUUAUGCAAAAUAUGGGGUAUAGGCCAGGUCUAGGACUAGGAAAACACCUACAGGGGCAUAGGCAUCCUGUGCAAGGUCAUCAAAAGCUUAACAGAUUUGGUCUGGGUUUUUCCUAGGGGCCACUGGGGCUCAAAUACCCAUAACAUGGCUCACCGAGGAGCCUGUUUGGGUGCCUCAGUGGCCUCUUCCCUCGGUUAAAUUGGCAGCAGCCCAUGAUCUAGUCAAAGAACAACUUGACUUGGGUCACAUCCAACCUUCUACUUCUCCAUGGAAUACUCCCAUAUUUGUUAUUAAGAAAAAAUCAGGAAAGUGGCGCCUACUGCAUGAUCUACGAGCAGUUAAUGCUCAAAUGCAACUUACAGGGCCCAUUCAAAGAGGGCUGCCUCUGCUCUUCUCUGUUCCUCAGGGCUGGCAUAUUAUUGCUAUUGACAUUAAAGACUGUUUCUUUUCUAUUCCUUUGCAUCCUAAAGACUCACAGCGUUUUGCCUUCACCCUUCCCUCGUGUAAACACGAGGAACCAGAUCAAAGGUUUGAGUGGGUAGUGUUGCCGCAGGGAAUGGCUAAUAGUCCCACGAUGUGCCAGAUGUAUGUGGGGAAGGCACUCGCACCUCUCAGACAUAAGUAUUCCUCCAUCAAGAUCAUUCAUUAUAUGGAUGAUGUGUUAUUGGCCGCUAAGUUAGAGCAGACAGUUAAUGAGGCCUAUAAAGAAUUAGUAAAGCUGUUAGCUCAAUAUGGGCUACAUAUCGCACCUGAAAAGGUUCAAACGGGGAAUUCUAUUGAGUAUUUGGGAGCGAUAAUUGGGUAUGACAAAUUAAAACCACAAAAAAUCACCAUAAGAACUCAGGAUCUCCAAACUCUAAAUGAUUUUCAAAAACUACUGGGAGAUAUUAAUUGGAUAAGGGGAUAUUUACAUAUUCCUAAUGGUGUGCUCCAGCCUUUGUAUGCUACCCUUAAGGGUGAUCCAGAUCUUGCUUCUCCUCGUAGCCUCACCAAAGAGGCUAGAGCGGCCCUUAUAACAGUAGAAGAAGCUAUACAACAUGCUACUCUAUGCAGGCUCCAGAGUGAUAAACCUUUCCAGUUAUGUGUGCUUGCCACUAUGCAGCAGCCUACUGGAGUACUGUGGCAAGAUGGGCCUUUACUAUGGAUCCACCCACAUAUAUCCCCAGGAAAAUCCUUAGAAUACUAUCCUGAUGCUGUUGCAGCAUUAGCACUUAAAGGGAUUCAACAAAGCAUUCAAUUUUUCAGACAAUCACCUUCUUCUCUUAUUAUACCAUAUACUAAAGCUCAACUUAAUGUUUUGUGUGCUACUCUAGACAACUGGGCUAUUCUAUGUUGCUCGUUUCAAGGGGAUAUUGAUAAUCAUUACCCUUCCCAUCCAUUACUCCAUUUUGUUAAAGAACAUCCCAUCAUUUUCCCUAAGGUAACUUCACCCAAUCCAAUUCCGGGGGCUGUUAAUAUUUUUACUGAUGGUUCCAAGUCUGGAAUGGGAGCUUAUGUAAUUAAUGAUUCUCCCCCUGUUCAGCAUCAAUUUGCUCCUGGAAAUCCACAAUGGGUGGAACUGCAAAUUGUUAUUGAGGUUUUUAAACAGUGUUCUUUUCCUUUUAAUCUUAUUUCGGACUCCAUCUAUGUGGUACAAGCACUAAAAGUCCUGGAGGCCGUGGGAGCUAUUAGUAAUGCCCAUAAUGUAUCUGCUUACUUUAAUCAGCUUCAACAGCUUAUCUGUAGCCGUACUGCUCCUUUUUAUCCAAUGCACAUCCGGGCUCACACCUCUCUUCCUGGUCCGUUAUCACAGGGUAAUGCCUGUGCGGACUCAGCCACUAGAGGUCAGUUGAUAUGCUUGGCUUCCUCCUUAGAGGGGGCUAAAUUAUUUCACCAGA